AUGUCUGUCUUCGUGAAGAAAUUCGUCGAGAAGGCUUUUCUGAAGAAGCAUUCAGGGUUUUCUGAUAGUUUGGAGCCUGAUGAUGUAAGCCCUCGUUUGGUUUUCCAUUAUGGAAUCCCGUCAGGAUCUAUGCUGUUUACAUAUGACUCUAUUCAACAUAUUCUUGCCAUCUCAACUAAGGAUGGACAAAUCAAAUUGUUCGGUAAAGAUGGCUCACAAGCUCUGUUGGAAUCUCCAGAGAUUAUGCUCAGCAAAUUCUUGCUGUUUAUAGAGAACCAGGGCAUUCUUCUGCAUGUAAAUACCAACAACAACAUCGAGGUCUGGGAUUUAGACAACAAGUUUUUGUCUGGUGUUCAUCACUUUGAGAAGGAAAUCGCUUCAUUUACGGCCAUGCGCAAUGGAGUUUACCUUUAUGUUGGAGAUUCCACUGGUGAUGUAACUGUCCUGAGGCUUCACCAAGAACCGUGUCAAAUCGAGAAAAUGAAUUACCGUAUUCCUCUUUCAGCAUCUCAUGGUAGCCGUUGUAGCGUUGCAAGUGAUGUUGUGGCAAAAUUUGUGCUCCCCCAACCGACAUCUGAAACUAAAAGGGUCCUCAUUAUAUAUUCAGAUGGUGCUAUUACACUCUGGGGAAUACAAGAAAGCAAAGUCUUAUCUACAAACAGUUGUGGCACCACUUUGCAAUCUACCUAUCAAGAAGCCAAGAAAGUGACAGCUGCAUGUUGGGCUUGCCCUCUCGGGACCAAAGCUGCUGUAGGGUACAGCAAUGGAGAUAUAAUCCUCUGGGGUCUCUCAUCCCCUUUAGAUUCGAAAACCGAACAAACCUUUCAAACAGAAUUGUGUGCUAGCCAAAUUACUCCUAUUUAUAAGCUGAAUCUUGGGUACAAAGCUGACAAAAUUCCGAUUGCAAAGUUGAAAUGGGUCCCUGCCGAUGGGAAAUCGAGCCGGCUAUACGUUUUGGGCUUGUCCGAGGGCCAUUCAGCCAAUUUGUUGCAGGUGGUUCUACUAAACGAAAAUACCGAAAAUCGCACGAUUAAACUAGGGCUCCAUCUCCCGGAGUCUUUGAUUGACAUGGAAAUUACAAAGGGUCCCAUCGAACAGAACAAGAACCGAUGCGAUUUUCUUCUUUUGCUAGGGAGGUCAAGUCAUGCAUACACUUAUGAUGAUUCUUUAAUAGAAAGAUACCUUGUACAGUGUCAAACCAAAUCAUCAUCCCCUUCACUUCCAAAGGAAGUAAAGAUAAAGCUGCCGUACGGUGAUUCGGGUAUUACUGUGGCUAAGUUCAUCACGAACCUCCCAUGCGUGCCGGGAUCAGUGGCCGAGGACUUCAAUGUACUAGUGAAGAAUACUUUGCCAUUUUUACCAUUUGAAAAAGGAGCACAAGAUGGGUACAAUUCAAAUCCAACUGCUUUUAGUGCGUUUUCGAACGCGCGUAACCUGCUUAUAACGGGACAUAGUUCAGGCACAAUUAACUUUUGGGAUGCGUCUUGCCCGCUCUGGCUUCCAGUAGCUUCUAUAACUCAACAGAGUGAUAAUGAUUCAUCUCUGAGUGGAGUGCCACUGACAGCAUUGCAGUUUAGCUACGAAUCGCACCUUCUCGUGUCUGGAGAUCAAUGUGGGAUGGUUCGUAUAUAUGCAUUGAAGCCUGAGUCAUUUGCCCCACAAAGCACUUUCGUGUCCUUCCCAGGAAGUUCAAAGAAGGGAAGUAAUCACAUUAUCCGGAAAAUUAAAGCCGUGAAGGUUAAUGGUGCAGUACUAUGUAUAACUGCAAGUGACGACCUGAAACAACUUGCCGUUGGAUCUGACCAAGGAUAUGUGUCAUUAAUUGAUCCAGAGGGUCCCAACGUUAUAGUGUCCUCAUCACCUGCUGGUGACCUUAUCAUCGUCAGUGGGAACCAAGAACUACUUUUCGUCUCAACAUGGCUCCACAAAGAGGCUUACAGACAUGUGGACUGUGUUACCAAAGUUCUCGACAAAAACCUCGUCAAUAACAGUGAAGUGCUUCUCGCAUUGUCUCCCGUUAAGGAAAAGAAAAAGGGUAUAUUUGGCUCUUUGGUUAAAGACAAUAAAGGCCCAAAAGCAGCAACUAAUGGGAUCGAGAUGGAAACUACUAAAGCCUCUAGGGGAAGUAUUGAAGAACUUAUGUCUGUUUUUUCAGCUGUUAACUUCCCAACUAACACGGAAACUGAAGAAAAAAAGUUUGUUAAGAAUGAUGACGAGGACAUUGACUUGGAUAUAGAUGAUAUUGACAUUGAAGAUCCCGAAGAGAAACCAAGAGGAAAUUCGAUGAUGGCAGGAUUCAAUAGAUACAACAUUACAAAUAAAUUUCAAGCAAUGAAAGGGAAGUUGAAAAAGGUGAAGAAUGAUAAAGUGGCAGAAGUUGAUGAGGCGCAGGACGAGAAAACUGGUGAUAUUGACCAAAUAAAGAAAAAAUAUGGCUAUGCUUCUACUGGUGAGUCGAGCGUCGCAAAUGCUGCUAAGGCCAAGCUAAGUGAAAAUUUGAAGAAGUUGCAGGGAAUCAACAUGAAAACCACCGAGAUGCAGGACACAGCGCGUUCAUUUUCUUCGAUGGCGAAAGAAGUUCUGCGGUUUACAGAAAAUGAGAAGAAGGGUUCCUCAUCGUGA